AUGGCGUUAGCUGAGAAUGUGCUUCGAAGAAUUCACAAAAUGGGGCUAAUUCCUAAAGCUGUGAAACAUCUUCCUCGACUAACUGUACUUCUUGCACUCUUUAGUGUAGUAUGGCUAGUAACUCUUCCCAUGGAUGGCAAUUAUCGAAACUGUUAUAUAUCUGAAAAUGCCUUAAUGCCAGGACAAGUGCACUCGUAUUUCCGAGAGAGUGAAUGGAAUAUUGUGAGAGGGUAUCGAGAAGAAGUUUCGAAAUUGGAACAGGAAUCAAUCAAAGACAAAAACAGGGCCGUAUCAUCGUGGCUUGAAGAUAUGGGCUUGCAAAUAUCUCACUACCAUAAUGGAGCUUCCGAUACCGAUGAAAUCAUAUAUGCAAUCAUGCAUGCACCAAGAGGUGAAAACACAGAAGCAAUGGCAUUGGUUGUUCCUUGGUACAACGCUGAUGCAGAAUACAAUGAAGGUGGAAUGGCUCUUGGUAUGGCGUUGAUGAGGUAUUUCCUGCGUAUUUCAGUGUGGUCCAAGAAUAUUAUUUUGGUUAUACCACCAGAUGGAAAGAAAAGCUUGCGUAAUUGGGUCGAGGCAUACCAUACAUCAUUGGAUGACACAGCAGGGUCGAUAGAGGCGGCAGUUGUAGUUGAUUACGGUAAGCAGGGCGAUUAUUUUGAAUAUUACGACAUGUACUAUGAAGGUUUAAACGGUCAGUUGCCAAAUUUGGAUCUAUUGAAUACAGCAAAUACCAUUGGUGGCCAUGAGAAUAUUGGAUGUAGUAUUCAAGGAAUAAACGGCAGAGUAACAGACUUUCAAAAUAAGCUCAAGACUUUGUUCUGGGGAAUUGCGAGAUUAGUCACUGCGGGAGCUAUAGAUGUACACGGUCAUGAGGCAUUUUCCGGAUGGCAAAUCCAAGCAUUCACAAUAAAGGCAAGGGGCGAUAAAGGUCAUGAUGUAACGCAAUUUGGCAGAAUUGUUGAUUCAACUUUCCGAUCAGUCAAUAAUCUUUUGGAAAAAUUUCAUCAAUCAUUUUUCUUUUACUUGUUAUUGAGCCCAAAGCAUUUUGUUUCAAUUGGUACUUAUCUACCUGCGGCAGUAAUGUUGGCAGUGAGCUUUGCUCUCGGUACCCUCAAUUCUAUUUUGAAUACCCAUAUUGAGGUUGAUGCCAUCAAGUAUGGGGUUUCCAAGCUUUUGACAAUUGUGGUGGUGGUUGAAAGUUUUUGCGUCGGUUUGGCACUUUUAGCACCGUAUGAAAGCACUUCUUUAAUCCAAAUUUCACAAUUGCUAGUACUGGUUGUUGGUGGGUUUAUUUUUAUGCAGAAAGUUAACAUGAAAAGAGUUGACAGUUACUCUUUGAUUUCAUUUGCAUUGUUGUCAAUUGCGCUCCUUAUUGUAGCAUUAUUGAUUGUUCAUUUUGCAUUGGCCUUUACUGUGGGAAUACUUGCCUUACCAUUGACAUACAUACCUACUCUAUUUCAAAGAAAGAAAAACCCAAAGCUUGCCGUGCUCUUUGUGCUUGUCAUUACUAAUCCGUUUUUGAUCAUUCAUGCAGGUGGACUUUUCACGGGACAUGAGAACUUUUUACAAAAUCUUAUUAUGGCUUGGGUAGAUUUACAGAGUUGGACAUGGAUAAUAAUUGCCCUUGCAUGGUUCCCAGCAUGGCUCUUUGUGUUUUUCGCCUCGGUCCUGCUUAUUGUCCAAUUGCCAAAGGCUAUUGCUAUCAAUCCUCCAUCCACAUUUGCAACUAAAUCAGAAAAGUCUGAAUAA